CCAUAGGAAUGGCUGCUUCUCAAUACUGUCAGCUAUAGUUAAAGUAAAAAGUGAAUUCAUACAUAAUUAUAAAGAGAAGCCAGCAGAAACAAUUCUUUUCUAUUCCGAUAAUGGCUGAAAACUCGAGUAACAUCAAAAAGUGCGCAAAUUUAACAGCUCAAAUUAGUGUGGCCUACUCAAUAAUCUGCAUGGGAAUCGAAUUCAUCACUGCGUGGGAUUCUUUCACAGGCGUCGGAAUGUUGAUGACUAUACUCUACUUUACAAAUAUGUUGAUAAACUGGAUUAUUGGGAUAGAUAACAUAAAAUUCGAGAAGAUCCAUUUAAUAUAUUGGUUUGGUUUCACAUUAUUUUUGUUAAUCAUUCGACUCGCGUGCACUGACUACAGCAACUUGAGUAUUGGAAUUUUGGUAUUCACAAUUUUUGUAAAUGUUUAUAUGCUAUUUGUACUUUUGGUAAUAUUAUUAUUGAGUAACAAAAUGAAUUAUUCAACUACAGACAUUGGGAGCAGCGUAACUUCCAAUCAUAAUAACUUACACAAUGAUUCUGACAGUGGUGGUUUUUCAAGUUCUAGAAAUAUAAACAAUGAUUCCUAUAUUGCCUUUGGUAUAGCUCCAACUUUGAAUGAUUUAAACAACGAUUCGCAAAAUGAUUUUGGUACAUCCCCAAAUUUCACCGAUUUAAAUUAUGAAUCUCACAAUAUGGCAAGAUCGGCUGAUAUUAAUAUUAUUUACAAUGUGAAUGAUCCUCCUCCAAGUUAUGAUGAUGUUAUGAAUCUUUAGAGUUGAAAAUUAUAAAUUUAAAUUAUCUAAUACUAAUACUAUUUCUUUAGACGAAGUGAUAAAAUAAUCAAAUACGAUAAUAAUAGUAUUGGAAGAACAACACAAAAACCUUGAAGCGAAAGUAGCAACCUAGAUAAUUAUAUAAAAAUGCGAUCCAUUAUUAAGAGCACGUUACUUAAAAUCCAUAAUGUCACAGUGAUAAUAAUUGUAUUGCUGUCGGAGUUCGCUGAUGACAAAGAUAGUACAAAAUCAAAUAAUAACAAUUUAUUUAAAAAUACUCAAAAACUACAUACCUCAAUCCAUUUAUAAGUACAAUUUAUAACAGACACUACGUAUGAGAUGUGAUGUUCAAACUAAAAUAAAACAAAAUCAUAUGGUCGCUGCCAUUGUGCUCUCAUUGACCUUCCAAUCUAUAUCACUAAUCUGGCUAGUAACACGUUCCCCAAUGUUCUCAAAUUGGAUAGAGAAUUUUUUUUUAAAUAUUGAGCCAUUACAUAGAGCAGUGAAAGACUUUUACUCUGCUGUCUGUGCUAACGAUCUUAAACUCUAAAUUUAAUGUAAUCGCUACAAAAAACAUCUUCUUUAUGAAUUAAAUCAAGAUCAUAAUUUUACAAAAAUAUUCAGUUGCCCCAUCUUGAAAUUCCACACUAUAAUUUUCCAAGAAAAAAAAACU